UCGAUAAAGUGGACCCAGUGUAGAUCUGAAUGCGACCCGCACAUGCCCUGUCCAUCCUUCGCCCCAUCGCUUGUGCCCGUGAGAGUGCCUGAUAAUCGGAGGCAACCUGGUCAGUUGGAUCUGGUGUCUUGGGCGUGUGGCUGAAAUCUGAGCCCAAACGGGCCGCGCGGUCGCGUGCAUCUCAGCCCUGUGUUCGGUAGGCGCCCUACGUCACCGCAAGCGCGGCCAUAGCCUGGCGCGAUACGACACACUGAGCCUCAACUCAAACCAUGUUUGGGCACGGCACUGCCCCAUCCUGACACUCCCCCAGCACAUGAUAUAGUCGGCCAUUUGUGCGCCGUUCGCGAUCCAUACGAUGCGGGCCAACACAACACAGAAGGCGUACGACGAGGCGUUCCUGGCGUGCUCAACUGCCGUCUACUUCGAAAGUCAGCACAACGAGAAAGAGGCCCUGCGCUCAUGGAAGACGGCCCUCGACCACAUCUACUACAACAACGCCCGCCGCAACCCAACGACGUACCGCCCAUCAUCCGAGACAGAGAGGGCCCUGGUGGAGUCACUGCGGCAGCUGGAACUGCAAUGCAAAGAGCGUGUUGACCUGCUUGAGGCACUGAAGAAGAGCAGAGAAGAGUCGAAGGAGAGUCUGUCUAGCACCGAUGCCCAAGCCCCCACUCCCCCUCUCCACGGGGUGCCCUUGGGCUCGACCAACGCGAGUGGCUCGUCAGAGUGGCUCGGAGGAGGCUCGAUUCCACCUGUCGCUCAGAGCGAUCUCGCACGACCGCCACCGCUGCCUACCCGUCCCCCAAUGACACCUCGACAGAGCUCUGGCAACAUCUCGAAGCGACUCAACAGCCUGACGCAGACAAUGAGCAAUUCUACACUGAACGUCGCACCUUCGGAAAACAAGAAGUCGCGAACACCAUCGCCGGAGAAGAAGGGAGGGAGGAUGCUGAGGACAUUGAGGCCAAACAAGGAGGGAAGGCCAGCCUCGAAGAUGCCCAUGUCUAUGAGGUCGCGCCCUGAUGCUUCCAAGGCUGCGACGCUGGCUUUUGGGUCAAGGGCGGUUGCAUCAAGUUCAAGUCGACAGAGCUUGAGUGUCCCCAAAUCAUCAACGCCCCCUGUCAACGUUUCUCCCCGUACAUCGAUAGACAUGCCGACCGCGACACCUCAGCCAGAAGCAUCGCUUCCACAACCCUCGCCUCAUGAUUCGCCCAAACCAGCCCCGUUCUACUUCCAGACUCGCGAAGGAUCGGCGUCUGCUAACUAUGCCGUGCCAGCACCAAGGUGUGGCAGUGAUUCAGAGAAGCCGAAACCUCACCCAAUAUCCCGGAAAGCUGCACCUCCACCUCCACCAGUGCCAUCGAAGCCAGCCGAGCUGACUAAGAACCAAUCGUCCCAGGCGAGCUCUGCGCUUCCGCAUCUUCCUGCGUUUCCAUCUUAUCGAAAGGAAUACCCAACAACUCAGCUGGAUCCACGUCUUCUCGCGGCAUCCGCUGCAGCACGGUCGUAUAAUGACAUCGGCUCAACAAAGUACGGGAACAAGGAAAUCGAUACUACGCGCAGACCGUCUGGCGCGGCUCCGACGCCGAGCAACACCAGUAGAACCAGGAACGUGCGGAGAGAGCCAACACCCGAGCCGAUUCCGCUUGCUGAGGAUGAUUUCGACGACGAGCCUCGACCGCCGCCGCAUCGAAAGACCAGGAGACGCGGGGACUCGAUGCGCGCUGAUAUUCCUCCAAACCCAAAAGCUGAGUUUGGCGAAGGUGGUGAGCCAGAGGAGGAACCUGAUGAGUGGAAGAGGAAGACGGAAGAAGUAUUGAAGAACCUUCCCCGUGGCGUGGACAAGCAGUCGGCACAGAACAUCUUGAACGAAAUCGUCAUACAGGGAGAUGAGGUUCAUUGGGACGAUGUGGCGGGGCUGGAGAUCGCGAAAUCUGCACUCAAAGAGAACGUUGUGUAUCCGUUCCUCAGACCGGAUCUGUUCAUGGGACUACGAGAGCCUGCCAGAGGAAUGCUGCUUUUCGGGCCACCAGGCACUGGAAAGACGAUGCUUGCAAGAGCAGUGGCUACAGAGUCGAAAUCGACGUUUUUCGCGAUAUCGGCAAGCAGCUUGACCUCGAAGUUUCUUGGUGAAUCGGAGAAGCUCGUCCGCGCGCUUUUCUCUCUCGCGAAAAUGCUCGCCCCCUCCAUCAUAUUUGUCGAUGAAAUCGACUCUUUGUUGUCGUCGAGAGGAGGGUCUUCCGAACACGAGGCUACACGGCGCAUCAAAACCGAGUUCUUGAUUCAAUGGUCCGAUCUGCAGAAGGCAGCUGCUGGGCGAGAAACAAGCGAUAAGGACAGGGAGGCGGGCGAUGCAUCGCGCGUGCUUGUCCUUGCCGCGACGAACUUGCCUUGGGCUAUCGAUGAAGCUGCACGGCGCAGAUUCGUUAGGCGACAGUAUAUCCCAUUGCCGGAAGACUUUGUCAGGAAACAGCAAGUGAAGACGCUGCUGAGCCAUCAGAAACAUGAUCUGAGCGAGAAGGAUCUCGACCGUUUGAUUGCGCUCACUGAUGGCUUCUCUGGGUCUGAUAUCACUGCCCUUGCAAAAGAUGCGGCGAUGGGGCCCUUGCGCUCGCUGGGUGAGAGUCUUCUCACCAUGACGAUGGAUGAAAUCCGCCCGAUAUGCUUCCAAGAUUUCCAGGCCAGCUUGCGCACCAUCAGACCAUCUGUUAGUAAGCAGGGCUUGAAGGAGUUCGAGGACUGGGCCAGGGAGUUUGGAGAGCGCGGAGGGUAAAUACCGUGCGGCAUACUGUGCGCGCACCAGCCCUUCAAUGAGGCACGCGUAUUUGUCCAGCGUGGCCAAACUCAUCUAAUGCAAUGUGUUGCCCAGUGUAGAGGUCUACCCCACCUCCUGUGUUGACGACUGCUCCUUCCUUCCUGAGCACUCACUAUCAGGCUCGUGACGUAACGCCCCUCAGCCGCCGUCAGCUCUGCGGACUCUGGACCGAUGUUUACAUUG